AUCCAAAUAAAGCCCCAUUAUUCCCGUCUUUCCCAAACAAACAACGAGUAAUUCUUUUCAAACCCUCACCGCCGCGAGGUUGCCGGCGAAUCAAUUUCCAUGGCAGAAGAGAGACGCGUGGUUACUGUGGGUGGAAAAGGCUCAUCACUGUCAUCCUCCUCCGUCUUCGAAAUUGCCAACGGACUCAGUCGCCUGAGCAUUGACACUUCAGCACUCUCCAAAGUAUCAUCCUCCUCAAAUAACAACACUAAUGCUCCUACACAAUCUUCCGCAUUUUCAGUACUCGGUAAUUUAACACCCGAGGAGUCUAAAGCUUCUCUUGUAGUUCUCCUUAACAAGCUCUUGCUCUCUUCUUCGUCUUCCGCUGCCGUCACUCAGCUCUUUGAUAUCAUCCUCAAUGACGUGUCCUCCAUUUCGUUUGAUAGUACUAUUGACGGCGUUUCUCCAGGCGAUUUUUCUGUAGCAGCAAUAUCUGGAAUCUCCGCUAUAUUGGAUCAUAGAAGUUCAGCUUUGUCUGUUAUUAUUGACGCCGUUGCUGCCUUGUCCUGCGAGGCCUUGGGUGCGGACAUUUCAGCUUUCAACUUGAAUGAUUCCGGUGAUGGUUCCACUGCCAAGGACGUCGUUUCCGUGGCUACUGACGUCAAGAUCUUACUUAAUGGUUCUAAAUUCGUGAACAAAAAUAGUGAUGAAGUUGCAGUUUCUAGUGUUCCAGUUGUGCACGGCAAGUUUAGAGAAAUUUGCCGGCUCCUGCACUCCAGCACACGUGUGCAACUGAACUCUGCUGUUGUAUCCAAUUCAGGAUCUUCUGGAACAGCUAGUGCAAUAUGCACCACGUUGUUUUCUUUGGCCGUGGCACUUAAAGAUUUGGGCAACAUCAGUUAUAACCGAGCGAAGCGCACCAGAGAUGAUGGAAUUUCUGCAAUGCUGCAAAAAGAAUGUCCUCGACCUGAUCAGCUGAAAGCUGUUUUUGCGUCUUUGGUUUCAGCUCACUCGGAUGAGGAAUAUGUUAAGUUUUCACAUGAUGUUAACUCCUUACUGGUAAUGGUAGAGAAAAUAGUUUCAUGGGAGGCCUUAGCUGCUUUCUUUUCGCUCGAAGAAAAAGACUUUAUCAGUGGUAAUACGAGUGUAUGCGAGGACAGUGCAAAAGCAGGUAAAAAAGGAGGCAAGAAGAAGAAGAUUCUUGGUAAAGGUACCACUGCUCUGCUGCAAUUUUUGAAGGAUAGGCUGCUGAGCAUGCAUAUUCAGACUGAGGCAUUCGAGAAUUUGGUUCGCCAUUUCUUGUCUCUGUUGGACCCGAAGGACUCGGGAUUUGGCACAUUAUUGAGAAAGGUGAAAGAUAUUGUGGAGAGCAAUGAGAGCCGGCGGUUGCCUAAACUCCCAAAGGGUACGCGUGAUUUUGCAAAAGAACAGAUGGCUAUAAGAGAGAAAGCAUUCUCAAUUAUAGUUGAGGUUUUCAAAAGGCAUGGUGCUUCAGCUUUGGAUACUCCCGCUUUUGAAAUGAGAGAGACACUGAUGGGAAAAUACGGGGAAGACUCAAAAUUAAUCUAUGACCUUGCUGAUCAGGGGGGAGAACUUUGCUCUCUUCGUUAUGACCUGACAGUUCCGUUUGCUAGAUACGUAGCAAUGAAUGGUCUGACAUCCUUCAAGCGUUAUCAG